ACGUAACUUGACUUGGGGUCUCCGGGCGCCCGGAGAGAUCGGAGCACACGAGUGUCGCGCGCGUGCGAGGUUAGGUUCCUCGACAGGCCCGUCACGAUGAGCCUGCGCGACCGUCAGAUAAACGCCCUGAAGCAGAUGCUGAAUCUGAAUCAGCCCGAGCCGCGGCUCGAGGGCGCGGUGCCGACGUGGAAGAUCCUCGUCUACGACCGCCUCGGCCAGGACAUCAUAUCGCCGCUGAUCUCGGUCAAGGAGCUUCGCGAGCUCGGCAUCACGCUGCACAUGCAGCUGCACUCGGACCGCGACUCCAUCCCCGAGGUGCCGGCGAUCUACUUCUGCGCGCCCACGGACGAGAACCUCGGCAGGAUCGGCCAGGAUCUGCAGAACGGCCUGUACGACAUCUACCACUUGAACUUCAUCUCGCCGAUCAGCCGGCAGAGGAUGGAGGAUCUCGCGACCGCGGCGCUGCUCGGCGGCGUCGUCGCCAGUAUCCACAAGGUGUUCGACCAGUACCUGAACUUCAUCACCCUGGAGGACGAUCUGUUCGUCCUGCGGCAUCAGAACAGCGACGUGAUAUCCUACCACGCGAUCAAUCGCGGCGACGUCAAGGACAGCGAGAUGGAGUCGGUGAUGGACAUCAUCGUGGACUGCCUGUUCUCGGUGUUCGUCACCCUCGGCACCGUGCCGAUCAUAAGGUGUCCCAGGGGCAACGCCGCCGAGAUGGUCGCCAAGAUGAUCGACAAGAAGCUGCGGGAGAACGUGUGGGACACGAGGAACAACCUGUUCGAGGGUGAGGCGUCCGCGACCGGUCACUACAGUUUCCAGAGGCCUCUGCUCAUCGUGCUGGACCGCAACGUCGACAUGGCCACGCCGCUGCAUCACACGUGGACGUACCAGGCGCUGGCGCACGACGUUCUGGAGAUGGCGUUGAACAGGCUCGUCGUGGAGGAGAACGUGGGACGAUCCCCCGCCGGCGGGACACGCUCCAAGACGCGCGCUUACGAGCUGGACAACCGCGAUCGUUUCUGGUGCCAGCACAAGGGCAGCCCGUUCCCCAGGGUGGCGGAGGCGAUUCAGGAGGAGCUGGAGCAGUACCGCACGUGCGAGGAGGACGUGAAGAAGUUGAAAUCCUCCAUGGGCAUCGACAACGAGAGCGAGAUGGCGUUGUCUAUGGUAUCCAAUAACACGGCGCGCCUGACCAGCGCCGUGAACUCGUUGCCACAACUCCUGGAGAUGAAGCGGCUGAUCGACAUGCACACGUCGGUGGCCACAGGUAUCCUGAACGCUAUAAAGUCCAGACGACUCGACACGUUCUUCGAGCUGGAGGAGAAGAUCAUGAGCAAGCAAACGCUCGACCGGAGCGUGUUGGAGACCAUCGGCGAUCCGGACUGCGGCACCCCCGAGGACAAGCUGCGCCUCGCCAUUAUUUAUUUCAUUUGCACGAACAUGUCCGACGCGGAUUACAAUAAACUGGAGGCGGCGCUCACCGCGGCCGGCUGCGAUCUGAAUCCGCUGAUAUACGUAAAGCGGUUACGCAACUACACCAGGAUAGCCGAGAUCCAGAGUAGCUACGAGGGCGGCGGCACCAAGACAGUGAGUAUGUUCUCCAAGCUGAUGAAUCAGGGCUCGUCGUUCGUCAUGGAGGGCGUGAAGAAUCUGGUGGUGAAGAAGCACAACCUGCCCGUCACCAAGAUAGUGGACGAGCUGAUGGAGUCGAAGCAGUCCUCGCGCACCGAGGACUACCUCUAUCUCGACCCGAAGCAGCUCAAGCACACCGAGCAGAUGCCGAAGAAUCGGCCGACGUUCCAGGACGUGAUCGUCUUCGUCGUCGGCGGCGGCAAUUACAUAGAGUACCAGAAUCUGGUGGACUACGUGAAGCAACGAAGCGGAGCCGGGGUGAAUAAACGGGUGAUCUACGGCUCCACGACCUUCAUCAACGCCAAGCAAUUGCUCAAGCAACUUUCUCUGCUCGGCCAGGAAGUCCACUCGUGAACGGACAUAUGCUUUGAUCAUCCUCGCCAACCGCACGUUUUCCCCUCCCUCGCGGCCCCCCCCCCCCGUUCAUCUCUCUUUCGUCCGCGCGAUAUCUAAUAGCAAACACAUUUUUUUUUUUUUAAUAAGAUUGUUGUUAGCUCUUGUAUAAAGUGUACGAUAUAAAUAAAAACCCGGUUCGUUAUUUUCAA